AUGUGCGCGUCCCGCCUGACUAGGCCGAUUGAAGCAAGCACGUGUGUGCGUCUUCCGGCUAUCUUUGCCGAUCGAAGCAAGUUCAUGCGUGCGUGUCCCGCCUGUCUUGGCCCAUCGAAACAAGUGCAUAUGUACGUUUCCCGCCUGUCUGGGCCGAUCGAAACAAAUACGUUUUCCCGCCUGCUUGGUCCAAUCGAAGCAGGGCCAAGAUCAUUUAAAGUAAAAACUCAGCAUGUCUUCCAACAAAGGAAGGAAUAUUUAUGAGAUAUCCUCCAUUUCCAACUCAACCAAGGAACCAGUCAAUGUUGGUCUUACGGCGCAAAAAGAGGAACCUUUACACAUAGGUCUCGUGGUCGAUGAAGAACUCGUCCACGCUGGUCUAAAUGGACCUGAAGAAGAUACUCCUCCAACACCGAGGUAUAAUAGUUACACAUCAGAACCCAUAUAUGCUGAGAUAAAAGUACCAUCAAAGCUUGCAAAAUGUGCCAAGAUCUUACCAUGGGUAGUUGUAGGUCUAGCCAUUGCUGCAGGAAUUGCAAUGGUAGCGAUGCACUUUGCUGGACUAUUGAUAGCAACUCAUGAUAUAACAACUGAUUUGACAACCACAACAACCCCUACAUCAACGCCAUCAAUUCCUACAACAAUUACAACAGCUACCACUAAAACUCAAGGGAGAACCACAAAGACUCAAGGGACAAUCACAACGACUUCAGCCACAACUACAAAGACUUCAAUAAGAACCACAAAAAUUCCAGUAACAACCACAACAACGACUCCGGUAACAACCACAACAAUACCCACAACAGAACCUACAACGGAGCCUACUACAAUUCCCACAACUGAACCCACAAAGGAGCCUACUACAACACCCACAACUGAACCCACAACGGAGCAUACUACAAUACCCACAACAGAACCUACUACUGUACCCACAACGGAACCUACAACAAUACCCACCACAGUCCCCACAACUGAACCCACAACGGAGCCUACUACAAUACCCACAACUGAACCCACAACGGAACCUACAACAAUACCCACCACAGUCCCCACAACUGAACCCACAACGGAGCCUACUACAAUACUCACAACUGAACCCACAACUGAACCCACAACGGAACCUGCAACAAUACCCACCACAACCUCUCCGGUUACAAACACAACCACUCCAUUGUCAACCACAACAACCACCCAAGCUACAUCCACCACAACUCCUUUGGCAACAACUGCCACGGUAUUAAUCGAUGGACUAGAAGCCAGAAUAGUUAUUUAUGGUAUCUGGAGCACUUGGUCAGCAUGGGUAGGAUGUAGUGUAAGUUGUGGAGAGGGGGUACAGAGAAGAACACGUGUUUGCCAGAAAUCGUCCCUAGCUGAUAUUGACUGUGAUGGUCCAGAGGAGGUCACUAGAGCAUGCAACAAUGGCAGGUGUCCAGACUGCAGCAGGGUUUGUCAGACAGGCCAAGAAUUGAGCCAGAACUGCACAGCAUGUAAAUGCCCAAUGACAACAAGGUACGUCAAUGUGUACAAUACGAAACAUGUCCCUCUAGCUGGGGUCAGGAUAGCCCUAAAAGACCUGAAGUAUGAGACUAUUGGGUAUACCAAUAUAUCAGGGGUUCUAGAAAUGCCUGGACUGUGUGAUAAUGCUGAACUUGUGAGCGAGAAAGACAAAUACAUGACCAGUGUCACUUCCAUAGGACAUGAAGAUGGAUCAUCCUUUGAGAUCAUUAUGCAAACGUUGGAGGGAAUAGAAAUAACACACCAUCCUUUGAGUAAAGUUGCUCUUCUAGGAGACAAUGUUAACUUUACAUGCCAAGCAAUUGGUAAACCACCUCCAGAUACAUACACAUGGUACAAGAAUGGUAAAGAAAUCACAUCAGCUGGGAGUAACAUGAACGUACUAAUCAUACAAAAUGUGAAGACCAACGACAGUGCUUCCUACAUGUGUUUCGCACAGUCUGACUUUAGUGUUGCUUAUUCUAAUGCAGCUACACUCAUUGUUAAAGAUGAUGGUGACAGUUUUUGUGACCCUGUUCCAAUAUCGAAUCUCAAAUCACUUCCCAAGGACUGUCCACAAGUUGGUGAAACACCAUAUUCCUAUGACGUCAGGAAAUGUCAUGGUAACCCAUGUAUAAAACAACCAAUUACAAACGAGGAAGAAUAUUGCUGUGGUCCAAUCAAACAAGAACUGAGGACAUUGAACUGUGGCACAUAUACUAUUGAUAUUGCAGAUACUAUCGAAUGUGGUUGUAAGAUAUGUAACCAAGUUAAGGUUAAUGAAAAUGUUCUGAUAUCUGAUCAAGAGGUAUAUUUAAGUGGGUAUGCCUAUGAUAUACUUGACAAAGGUGUUCCCCUUAGAUUUGGUGAGAUUUUCCUCUUUGAUGAGUUAGUUACCCAAACAAGCGUCAGUGGUGAGUUUACACUUCUUGUGCGAAAAGAUGCAUCGAGGCUUGUUAUUACAAUCAAAGAGGGUGGUCAUAAGCAAAACUUUAUCGAAACUACAAAGAUAAUUGUUGUUCCAAAUGAUUUUACAGGAACUCUUUAUAGAGAUAUUCCUAUGCUGAGGAAAAAUACGAUAGUUGAAAUAUCUUCUUCUGAUAUCAAUACAUUAAACCUGGCAAACACAAGCUCAAAUGUAUCCCUAGCUGAAGUGAUCAUUCCUGAUGGUGCAUUUUAUAACAAGAAUGGCACACAAUACACUGGACAAGUUCAGGCAAGUAUUAACUUCCUUGAUCCAAGAGACAUUGAUAGUGUCGACACGAUGCCUGGAGAUCUGACAUUUUUGGAUAGCAAUGGACAGGCAGCAAACCUACAGAGCUUUGGUAUGUUUCACAUGAGUUUUGAGGACACUGAAGGAAAUGAACUGAGCAUUGAAGGUGAUGUAGAAAUGGCCAUAAGUGCUGACCGCAUAGGACAAAAUGAAACCACAAACGUUAUGCUUUGGUCUUUAAAUCCCUCUUCAGGGAGAUGGGAACUAGAAGGGUCAUUGAGAAAAGGCUUCUCAAAAAGAAAGAAGCGAAGUCAAUCAGCAUUUGAGAGUGACUUUUUCAUAGGAGAUACCAAGAUUGUGGGACGAUAUUGGUUCAACUUUGACAGAAUUAAUGACAACUACUGUUUUGUAAACAUUAAAGCAUAUGAUGAUGAUACAAUGACGACAAGAAUACCACAGGCUUCUACCAAUGAGCCAACUGUAAUUGCGAGAGAUAGGGAAGAGAGAUGGCAGCAUAUAACCGGUAAACAGAGCUUUGUGCAUGUUAAUUUGCCUAAUAUUGGUUCUGAUGGGGACUGUAUUUUAACCAUGUGUGAGGCUGACCACUUCCAUGGAUACCUAACAUUUGACACAAUUGACGGACCACUUCAUGGCUCCACUACAUUUGUGCCAUCAUCAGUCCCAAAUGUGACAAUCGCAUGGGCAGAGAUUCGACCCGGGGCUCAUCAAUACACAGUAUUGAACACAACAGUCAGCCCAUUGACAACGUCAGGCCCUUUAUAUGACAGCCAGAAAUCAACAUGUUAUGAUGAAGACAGUGCAUUCUGCGUGUAUUGCUCUAACUUAGUUGAGAAGGAACCAACAUGCAUGCUUUGUGACCGAAUGGCUUGUCAAUAUUCCUAUACACGGGCUUAUAUAAACUGUAAGGCUAGUGGAAGGAAUAAUCCACACUAUAGAUUCUAUAGACCAACCAACACAUUCAUUGAAUAUACGGCAUGUACCAGUAUAUCUGAAUGUUUUAAUACAGACUCCCUUUAUCCGUUGAUUUGGUUUCCAAAUGCCCCAGCUGUAUAUUGGGCAUGGUAUAUCAAAGUCAGGGUGGAGGUUUGGAGUAAUGGCAUUAAUGAAGGAACGCUGUACCCAGAUGAAUCUAGGGUCAUUGUAUCUAGCUAUGGGGGUGACCAUAUUGAAACGAAGUACAAGCUGUUUGGUAAUAGAGAGGAUGUGACCAAAGAUAGGACAGUUUGUCUAGAAUACAAGGGAAGUGGGGACAUCAUAACCUCAGGACUCCAAGGCGCUGACGAUGAGACUAUAAUUGGAGUCUUGGCUGUGGGUACAGAAUGCGUAGCAGACAUGACAGAUGCACUAAAGAACUAUCAGUAUGACCCAAAUUUCGCUUUAUUCAAACUACCCACUGGAACCAUACAUGCUGGGAAAAGCUCGGGGUUAUAUUUUGCUGAUAGCUCGAACAUGGAGACAGCGAGACAGAAAGCUAAGGCAGCGUGUGAAUGCAGUGACGCACAGCAUAACUUUGUGCGAUGUAAUAACCCGCAACCAACAACAGGGUUCGGUGUAUUGGUAAAGUGUAGAAGAACAGAUACAUGAGAAUGAAGACCAAUUCACACAUAGACAUGAUAUGCAUUCUUCAUUUUACAAUAGAUGAACGAUCAUUUUUAGAUCUAGUUAAAUUGACAUAUCCACGUCUAUUUCAUAAUUUGAAGUUUGCCUUUGAGUGAAAAACUAUUUAAUCGUAUCAUAAUGAGGAACUAAGUUGGUCCUUAUGCCGGUCAAAAGGUCAAAACGUUGACCUUACAAAGUUAUCCGAUCCGAUCCGAUCAUAAGUUCGAAUAACAGUCACGUUUCAAAUAUUAAUUGUGUGACAUGUACGAGACCAAUGGUAAAGGCCCACUCUGCGUAUUUUCAACGGUUUGGGGCAAAAUAAAGACUUAUAUUUGAAUUUCAUAGUAUGUCCAAUGUAUUGAUAAGAACCUUAUCUUUCAUUUGACGCCAACAACAGCUCAAACGGACCUCGUCAAAGCUUACAAUAAAUUGUCAAAAAAUAUUUUCGAUCUGUCAAGCUUU